AUGUUAGCUUUGAGCCACUACAACUCCUCGGCCUCCCCGCUUCUCCCUCGUCUGGUUAAUGACAGUGGAGGGAAGGUGGAGGUCAUGGUAGCUGUUGAGGGGCUGUUGCAGCAGCGAAACUUCACCUUUGUGGAACCUACAACCAGCGGCAUCAUCGCCGUCAUCCUGAGCAUGACACUGGGCAUCAUUUCUAAUAUUGUGGCUCUCUUCAUCCUGGUUAACGCCUACUCCCUCCAGCGCCGGCGCUCCAAAGCUACAUUCCUUCUGUUUGCCACUUCCCUGGUGAUCACAGACUUUAUUGGACACGCGAUUCCUGGAGCCCUGGUUCUCCGACUCUACCUCUCUGGAGGUGUGAGCCCUGAAGACUUUGACUCCUCUGAUGGCAUGUGCCAGUUCCUGGGUGGCAGCAUGGUGUUCUUCGGACUUUGUCCACUCUUCAUGGGUUGCGCCAUGGCUGCUGAGAGAUGUCUGGGUGUCACUAAACCGUUGCUGCACUCGUCUUUAGUCACCAAAACACGCACAAAGAUCUGCUUGGCUGUGAUCUGGCUGCUGGCUCUGAGCAUGGCCCUGCUGCCCUGCUUCCAGCUGGGCUCUUACACCUACCAGGACCCGGGAACCUGGUGUUUCAUCAAUGUGCUCAGUGACACCAAGGAGGUGGACGUGGCGUUUGUGGUGCUGUUCUCUGGACUCGGUCUGAUGUCUCUAGCUGUGGCGCUGGUUUGUAACACCAUCAGUGGACUGACACUGGUUCUGGCCCGGCUCAGGAGGCAGCCCGGCUCCCAUCACUCUGCAAAGUCCCACGACAUAGAGAUGGUGGUGCAGCUGGUCGGCAUCAUGGUCGCCUCAUGCAUCUGCUGGAGCCCUCUGCUGAUCUUUGGCCUGAUGUCGGUGAUCCGCUCCUACACAGGAACCAUUGGGGACGACCUGUUGAACUAUAAAACCCUGAUGGUGAUGGGAGUGAGGCUGGCUGCUUGGAACCAGAUCCUCGACCCCUGGGUCUACAUCCUGCUGCGCCGCACCGUGCUCCGCAAAAUCUACCUCAUUGCUAAGUGCCAGGCAGGCCUGAGGGGAACUAUAUUAGGCCGCUGGGAGCCGACCUCUUACCCCAGCUCAGAGAAGAACGAAGUCAACCAAGUGUGAACUGAAAAACGGCUGAAAUUUCUUACAGGUUCAUAUAAAGAACUCUGCAUGCGGAGACCUGUAGAAAAGAAGAGCUGCAUAGAAGACGGUGAGAGGAACAGACAUCGCAGCUGUGAGGGUGCAGCAGCUUUUAAAGUUCUUACUUGUCUUGAAAUUCUUCAUGGAUUCAAUCAAAUUGUUUUUCUGUCAGAACCGUCAAAGUUUACCAAUGAUUUCACUGUCUGACCUUAAAAUGGAAGCUAGCUAAUGCUUUGAUUUUGCACAAAAGAUCACAAACUAUCUACUGUUUACUUCAAUAAAACAUGAACAUUCCUUAUUAGAAAACUCCCAGCUAAAGGCAAAGAUGUCAUCCACAGUAUAACACUCUAGCAAUAAUCAUGCUUUGUCCUGAGAGACUAAAAAGUUAGCAUGAGUGGUAUUUUUCUGGUUUCAUUUCCUCAUUUUCACCACCUAUGAAAGUAAAAAUAGGUAAAAGAAAUGCACAGUGAUUUGCUCUUAUAUUAGAAAGUUGCAGAAGAACUGAGCUCCGGAGUAAACCCAGAAGUAUUUAGAUGUUAUUUCUAAUGUUGAGUAUUCUGCUGAAUGUACUUCAUGAAGGAAUGUAAUAUACAAGAACUGUGGACUUUGUGUAUGUUUGAGUUUAUACAUGCUUUGAUGUGUUUAUGUAGUACUUUAUGUGAAAUAAUGUAACAUUUUAUAAGUUAUUACUUGAAUUGUGCCCUUAGUUUACUGAGGAUAUGUAAGGACCUUUAAGAUGAAUGUAAAUAAAACAAUGCAAUGUGUGUCUUUCUGUAUAAUGUUCCUUUAAAACAUGCCCGUUUUGCAAUAGAAGGUACAUGAGUCGUUAAUAAAUCUGCUGUUAUGAUA